AUGACCGCCUCUGGGCCGCCCCCGAACGUCACAGGCCCGAGCUCUCCCCCUGCUUCCCGCCCCGUGGAGCAGAGCGGCGCACUGCCAAAGUUGCCUCCUGCACUCGGCCGUGCUUCUUCUUUUUUUCUCGUCUGCGCUGCGCGCCCCUCGCGCGAGGGCAGGCGGGCCGGUGAGCCUGCGGGGUUGUGCUCGCCGUGUGCACCAGUGUGGUCGUCGGGGCCUCGCGGCACGCUGCCGCGGGACUUCGAGGAGGAGGAGCCCGAGUCGAGGGCAGCAGGCGGCGGCGGCGAGGCGUUCGCGGCAUAA